GAAGUCAGUGUGGCUGCGCUGCCUGCCUGCCUGCCUGCCUGCCAGUCCUCUGCAGGCUUCAGGAUUGGCUGCACAGCGGUCCUCAACAUCAACCACAGCGUACAGACGAUCGAGGGAAGAGUGUAGCGGCCGGCCGUGCACAGCGUUUCGUUCGUACAAAGCUGUAUGUGGCUGCUGUUCGCGUUUUGUCUUUUUAUGAGGAAUGAACUAAGGUGCUUCUUCUACUGUCUUCUGAAUAUCCUGCUGAUUCUUCUAUGGACACAGACUGAGGUGAGGCAUCCAGUGCAGAUAGAGUAAAACAGAGGAAAGCAGAAGAUGCCAGGACCGCCUCCCCCACCACCACCUCCAGCAGCUCCCCCUCCUCCCACAUUUGCUCUUGCCAACACAGAAAAGCCAACUCUAAACCGCUCAGAGCAGCAGGGAAGGAGUGCUCUUUUGUCUGAUAUUGGUAAAGGCACCAGACUAAAGAAAACUGUUACAAAUGACCGCAGCGCACCCGUAUUCGACAAACCCAAGGGAGGAGGUGGCGGUGGAGGAGGAGGUGGUGGCGGUGGUGGAGGAGGAGGAGGUGGCGGUGGUGGAGGUUUUGGUGGCGGGGCUUCUGCUGGUUUAGGAGGCCUGUUUGCGGGUGGGAUGCCAAAACUGAGAUCUGCAGCAAACAGAGACUCCACUGACUCGGGACCCAGCCGAGGACCCAUUUUCCCACCUGGAGGCCGGCCUAGUGGCUCAAGUCCUUUUGGUGGUGGUGGAAGCCCUGCCGGCCCACCUAAACUUCCAGGAGCCCCUGCUGGUGGCCGUGGCGGUGCCCCUGAUCUUCCCAGGGGCCGCCCAAGUUUUCCAUCCAGGCAAGACUCUCCAGCAGGUGCUCCUCCUCCUGUGCCCAACACACCUCGACCUGCUCAGUCCUCUCGUGGGGGCCCAGCUCCACCAUCACUCCCUUCAGGACCCAGGCCAGGCCAUGCCUCUGUAUCUGUACCACCAAGCAUUCCAUCAGGGAGGCACGGACCUCUCCCUCCGCCACCAGGAAGCUCCACACCAGGCCCUCGACCAGGCUUCUCUACCCCUCCUCCACCCCCAAACAGCAGUAGACCUCCCUUACCUCCUGCUCCAGGAGGGAGGCCCCCACUUCCUGAUGACCGACCGCCACCACCAUCCGCCCCUGUGGGAGGUCACCGGCCAUCCAUGCCGCGUGACAUGCCCCCUCCUCCCCCUUCAGUCAACUCCAAACCUUCUCCCUCUCCUGCUGCUUCCUCACCCUCUCGUUCCACACCUGGUGGGGGCGCACCUCCUCUUCCGCCAGGACGUCCAGGACCUCCUUCCUUACCUCCCACCCCAACAGGAGGCGAUGACCCCUCACCUCGUCUUCCCCAAAGAAACAGCUCGCUCAACAGCCAUAGUCCAGCACCACCACCUGGCCGGUCAGGACCUCUCCCUCCUCCACCAAAUGAGAGACCGCCAUCUCUUGGAAGGAACCAGUCGUCAGUACGCUCAGGCCCUCUUCCUCCUCCACCUCCUUCAGGUCGACCUACAGCACGGUCAGGCCCAGAGCCCCCUCGUGGGGGACCUGGGGGUAGGCCUCCCCUUCCUCCCGAGAGGCCGGGGACAGGAGGGGGGUUUCCUCCACCGCCACCCAUGGGGAAUGGUUUCCAAAACCACAACCAGAUACAAGAUGAGUGGGAGGGUCGGUUCACUUUUCACCCAGUGUCAGACCUUCCUCCACCUGAGCCCUAUGUGCCCUCCCAGAAGACCUACCCCAGUAAGAUUGUCAAGACUGAGGGCAAAGGAUCUGGUAAAAAGGAAAGAGGAGCUCCUCCCCUUCCUCCUAUACCCAGGUGAAGACAAGAUAGCAACCAUCACAACACUUGGAACUACCCCCUUUGUUUGUCUACCUGCCCUUUUUGUCUUUCUUUGUUACGCUCAUUGUGCUUUAACCUGCAGCAUGUGGUUCAUCUAAGAACUGCAACAUGUAAGAUGGACCUGAAGUACGGUUGUCCAAAUAAAAGGACAAACUCACAAUGUGGAGUUUACAUCAUGUGCCUCUGUAGGAGCAGAAUGACACAUUAAAAAAAAAAAAAAAAAGACCAAACCUUGCUUAUACUUUGGUACACCUUGUUCAGGAAAAAAAAAAGUUCUAGGUUUACAAUCAUGCUGUUUUGUUUGGGCAGUCUGUCUCAUGAACAACAGUGUUUUUCUGACCCCUGCUGCACAUUGAUUUAUUUCCAUAACUUAUUGAGUCUUUGCUUACAAUAUAUCACAUUCUUAUCAACCAACCAGUUACAGUUAUGGAAAAGAAUAGAAAAUCCUACUUGACAAAUAUGGCAUGUAGCACAUGUGACUUUCCAAGACUGUUUACAGAUUAAAAAUCUUACGACCAUAUUGUAGUCCCAGGGUUUUCUUGUAGCACUAGUGCUAGGCUUCUUAUGCAGUCGGUCAUUUUAUACAAGUGUUGAAAAGCUCCAGUAAUUUUCUGAACCGGUGUUUCCUUUGUGCCUUUUCUAUUCAUGAUUGUACUUAAGGCCACUUAAAGGAAUUAGCCAAGGAUGCCUUUUGUGCCUUAUGCUGUUUAUGCCUCCCUUGUUAAGUUGGAAGACUUCUGGUGAUGUCAGUGUUAAAACAGAUGCAUUGACUGCCAGAUCAUUUAGAACAGCGGUUCUCAGAAUGGGGUUCAGGAACCUCAGGGAGUCCAUGACCUAUAGCAAAGGGGUCCACAAAAUAAUUUGCUUUAAAGAAUGCUAUAUGACUGAAAAGUGCAUAUACGUACAUACAGGGAUCAUUUAUGCAACUACAGCAGCAUCCCUCCCACAUUAUCAACAGAACAGUAGUAUAUCAAUGUGUAUAUGAGUACUAUCAAUGUGUCAUACUUCAGUAGACAUAGACAUGGGACCGAGCUGAAAACGGCCCUAACUUCCAGGCUUCACUGCAGAAAACACAUCAGGGGAAAUAUGAAUGUUUAAUUUGCCAAAGCCACACGUGCCUUCACUGUGUGCAUCUGUGUGUUUCUGCUGGAACCACUGAAUGGUACUUUUUUUUGGUUUUGCUUUGACAGUUAACGUGACACGAGUUUACUCGUAAUUUUUAUGAUUGAGAUGUUUUAAAAGAUAUUGUAUGGGAAUAUGGCAACAUCGAUGUACAAUUGAACUGAUUCUUGUUUUGCUGUUUUGUUUUUUAAGCUCCUUUGACUUACUAUGAAGGUCCUGUGUAUGUAUCAGUGUGAUUUAAACAAAUGAUGUUGAGUGACGGUAUUGUGUUAAGUUAUGUCUAAGAACUGUGCAGUAUUAUGUGUUUGCUUCACAAAGCACUGCUUUGAAUGGUUUUCUGUAUACAUGAUGUGCCAUUAUCAUGUAGGAGUCGAAAAGGAACUCUUAAAGACAAUCAUACACAAACGUAUUUACAUUAAAAAAAUAAAAUGCUUUAUGUUCUUUGCUUGGGGGGUUGAAAAUGGAGCGCUUUUAUUGGACUAUGCAUUGUAAGCAAUUUAUGACUGUACAAUGGUCAUUUCAUAAAAGACAAGAAUGAAUUGUAGUGGUAGGAGCCAGAUGAAGUUACACUUUUUGUAUUACCAGAUUUAAAACAUGCAUCUUUUACAUAUUUGUGCAAUAAAAUCAGCCAAUACAUUGAUAUGAGUGUGAUCAAA